GGGCCCGUCACUGCUGAGGUGUUGCUGAGCCCGAAACCCAGAAAACAGAAUGCAGAUCGAACCGCCCGGCGCCGGACGCGAGUCAGUGCCAACCAACAUGGAAAGCGUUUUUGACUUGAUAUUCCCACACCUUGAUACUAGAGGCAAACAGGCGCUGAAAGUGACAUGCCGAGAAGCCCGCGCCAGCCAUGACCGAUGCUUGGCGUCGUUGCGUGUGUGCGACUGGACGCCGCGGACCGAAGACACACGUGUGGAUGGAGUGGGACUGGCCGUGCGUAGGCUUCGCGAGCGCGGCUGUCGGCCGCAGGCCAUAACAAUCGACCUCAAAUGGGACUCGCGCGAUCAGCGUCGGCAGAGCAUAUUGCACCUGUUUGAGGCGCUCACCACCACGCCCGGAGGGGCGGCGCACGCCGCCCCGCCGCCCCUGGAGGCGAAUGUCGGAGGCGGCGGCGGCGAUAUCCACAUCACGGGCUCGCCGGCUGCCCCGCUGCUGGCAAUGCCGACCCUGCGUCUGAGCUUGAGCUGGUGGAUGCUGACGCCGGCAGUAGCGCGCGCGGCGGCGGCGGCGCUGCCCCGGCUUCAGCACCUGGCCCUCGUGAAGGACAGCGCCUCGGAAAGCACUGCUUCACAGCGCGACAGCGCUAAUGACUUAGGCAAACAGGUGGCGGCGGCCCUAGGAAUGCUGAUUGGCAGUAGCACCGGCAGCAGCCGCGGCGCCAGCGGCAGCGUUGUUGUCGCAGCACAAUACGGCGGCGCUGGGGGCGGCAGCGGAGGCGGCGGCAGCUUGCUGCCUGGACUGCAGCGCCUGGACCUCAGUGACAUUGGCUCCGGCCAGCGGCUGGGCAGUGGGGCGUGUGUGGAUGCCGAGUUCGGGCGCGAGCUGGGCGCCGUGUUGCUAGGCAGCAGCCAGCUCACACGCCUCGAGCUGGCCUCGCUCGGCUCCGUCCCCAGGCUCCCUUGUGCUACAGCCGCCGCAGGCGGCAGCACGGCUCCUGCUACAGCCGGUGCUGAUCCAGCCCACGCCGACGAGGACAGUGCCGGCGCCGGCGCCGGCGCCGGCAGCGCACCGCCGCCGCUGUGGCGGCGGCUGCACACGCUGCGACUGGACCGUGUGGAAUGGGUGGCGGGGCAGUUUUGGUUCACGGACCGGCUGGGGCCGGCGGCGGCGGGGCGGCACCUGGUGCGACUGGAGCUGGGGGGCCGGCACGACGUGGCGGGCGUUGCGCCGAUGCUGACGGCGCUGCGGGGGCUGCGCGAAUUGCAGGUGGAUAGCGGACUGGAGCUGUGCCCCGAGCUGUCCGCGCUCGCUUCCCUCACUCGUCUGGAGGCACACGGCGGGCUGCUACUGCCAGACCGCCGGCCCGUGCAGGGCGCCUUCGGCUGGCUGUCAGAGCGGUCGCCGCCAGCCGCCAUUGAGCGGGCCCUGCUGGCAGGCGAGCGGCCGCUGCUACUGCCGCCGCAGCUGCAGGUGCUGCAGCUACAGCCGCCGCUGCCGCUGCCGUCCUUCUACGAAGGCGGUGCGGUGGCGCCGGAGGUCUUCGGCGUGCUACAGCCGCCCACGGCGCUGCGGGAGCUGCAGCUGGAGGGCGACGGCAGUAGCAGCAGCCGGCGGGUGAUGGUGCUACUGCGGCCGGACGACUGCCUGGUCAGCCACAGCCGCGGCGACGUCGCCGGCGGGGGGUUGCUGCUGGCGGCGGGUGAGGCAGCCCUGUGUGCCACCGCGGCGUUCCUGGGCAUGCUCCGCCUGCCCCACCGCGUGGCGCACGUGGCUGUAGCACUGGAUGACGGGCACAUCGGGCGGCGGCUGCGCGCCGGCAGUAGCUGCCCCGGCGGCAGCUGUAGCGACCCCGGCGCCGCUGCGCUCGAGGCGAUGGCUGCGGCUGAUAGAUGGGGCUCUCCGGUCGCCAGCGGAUCUGGGUCGGACUCGGAGGGGCAGGGGGACGAGUCAGGAUCGGAGCUGAGCUCAGAUGAGGGCAGCCACAUGGAAGCCGAUGCAGUGCAAGCGCCGCCAGAACCACCGCCGGAGGGGCAGGCGGACGAGUCAGGGUCCGACCUGAGCUCAGAUGAGGGCAGCGACAUGGAAGCCGAAGCGGCACAAGCGCCGCCACAACCGCCGCCGCCACAACCGCCGCAGCCGCCGCCGCGCCCGGUGUCCCAUGGCGGCUGGCUGGCGGCCCUGGGUGGGCUGGGCCUGCGGGGUUUGCGUCUGGAGGGAGUGGUGUUGGAGGCGGCAGACGUGGAGGCUCUGCGGCAGCACUGCAGCUCGCUGGAGGAGCUCAGCACCUUCGACUGCCCGAUGCCGCUGGCGUGCCUGCCGGCCCUGGCGGCGAUGCCGCGGCUGACGCAAUUGGAUCUGGAUCUCGGUCCCUGGGUCCCGGAUGACCGGCGGCGGCCGCUGCGGCGGAUGCGCCGGAAAGGCGCGGGCGCGGAGCUACCGGAGCCGCUAGAGCCGGAGCUACAGCAGGCGGUGCUGGAGCUGUUUGGGGUCCGGCAGCGACAGGCGGGAAGCAGCUGCAGCAGGAGCGGUGCAGCCGGGGAAGCCGGGGCAGGGGGUGGGGAGGUUGGUAAUGGAGGUGCAGGGCGGCGGCUGCGGUCGUUGGUGCUGAGGGGCUGGGGUGAGGCGCUGCCGGCGGCCAAGCAGUUGCUGGAGGCGGCGGCGGAGGACAUGCGGGCUGCGGGGCUGGACCCUGGCAGCGUGCGGCUUGAAGAGCAUGAGACGUAGACGUGUCGUCGAUUGCUGUUCACGAGGGUUUAAAAUACUUCCUGUGUGCGCAACGUCAACUAAGCAGCGAUCGGAUCGUGGAGAUGAUUUGAUUGCUCUUGGUAGGUGUAGAGGCCCGGUUGCACCCGUGGGCGUUUGUGCCGACUGGUAGCCCUCGACGAGGGUGGGCGGGGGUCUCCACGCUUAGGGGCGCGUUCGCGUGUCGAACUGCGUGGGAUGCAGGUUCCCCCAAAUUCUACUGGGCUGCUGCGCUUGUUGUAAUAGUGCUUUUGU